AUGUCCACGAUGUCAACGAUCAGCAAAGGUCUAUCAGCUGCUGAUCAACAACGUUUAGCUCAUGGAAAAUCUGUUACUCUUGACAAAUAUGCUGAAUUGCAUUGGCAUCCUCAACUCUAUAAUAAAAUAUAUAUUUGUGAACAUCGUCAUAUAAAAGGUUUAUUUGGGAGAAAACUUGAAUUACAUCAUUUUCCAUCGGAUGUUCAACAUUUAUCAAUUUUCAUAACAUCACUGUUUUUAGAUGAUAAAGUUAUAUUAAUUCCUGAUCCUUAUCGUUUCAGUGAAGUUAAUCGAGAAGCAUUUGUUGAUCAACAAGAAUGGUCAUUAUAUGAACAUGUCGACACUGAACAAAGAUAUAUUAAAGAUUUUCUUUUUCGAAUUGAUGAUGAUGAUGAAGAUGAUGGUCGACAAAUGAAAGAAAUAAGUAAUAAAGAAGAUCGAAAACGUUCAGUUUUAACAGUCACUUGUCAUACUGAUUUGUAUUUAAAAGAAAAACAAAAUGAAUAA